AUGUUGGAUGACUUAUGGAAUGACAGUUAUUCUGAUUGGGAUGAACUUACAUCUCCGUUGAUAUAUGGAAAAAAUGGAAGCAGAAUGAUCAUCACAACACGCCACAAAAAAGUGGCAGAUGUUGCACACACAUUUCCUAUUUUUUCAUUAGAUCCUCUAUCCCAUGAAGACAGUUGGUUUUUACUCUCCAAACAUGCAUUUGGAAGUGGAGACUUUUCUGAAACUCAACGCCGAAACCUAGAACCAAUUGGCAGGAAGAUUGCCAGAAAGUGUGGUGGAUUGUCAAUCGCUGCAAAAUCACUUGGAGGACUAUUGCGUUCGAAAGUAGAUACUGAAGAGUGGAUUGAAGUUCUGAACAACGACAUAUGGAACUUACAGAAUGAUAAUAUUUUGCCUGCAUUGCGCUUGAGUUAUCAAUAUCUUUCGUCUCAAUUGAAAAGAUGUUUUUCCUACUGCUCUAUUUUUCCAAAGGACUAUCCACUUGAUAGGAAGAAAUUGGUUUUGUUGUGGAUGGCAGAAGGCUUCCUUGAUCAUUCUCAAGACAGAAAAACAAUGGAAGAAGUAGGUGAUGAGUUUUUUGCUGAAUUGUUGUCCAGAUCAUUGAUUCAACAAUUGCAUGAUAAUUAUGGAAAACAAAUAUUUGUCAUGCAUGACCUUGUUAAUGAUUUAGCUACUGCUGUAUCUGGAAGAAGUUGUUACAGACAUGAAUUUGGCGCUAAGUGCUAUGAAAAUGUUGCGUGUGUUAUCGUUGUCAAAAUAUAG